AACGCUAACAAUACCACUAUGGCUUGUUGUCUAUCGUGAGUAUUACUUCUUCUGGAAUGUUGAUGACGCGUAGCACAUUCAACACGUCUGGCCUUCAUGAAGCUGUCUCCCCCGCAGGAGGUAUAAAUAUGGCCUUGGCUGGUUCGACAGGAUGUUUCAACAGCUUAAGACGACUUGUCUACAACGUCAACAGUUCCAUCACUACUUUGCAAACUUCAGUAUGACUGUCCCAUCUCUCAAUAUCCUCAUCUCAGGCGGUGGAAUAGCUGGUCAUUGCCUUGCGUACUGGCUCUCCCGCACACGUCUCCAGACGUCCAUCACCAUUGUAGAACGAGCUCCUGUCCCCAGAAUCACCGGCCAAGCCGUGGACAUACAUCAGCCGUCCAUCGAGAUCGUCAAGAAAAUGGGCCUGCUCAACUCUGUCCGUGAAUACAACACCACCGAAGAAGGCACCACUAUGCUCAAACCCAACGGCAAGCCCUUCCUCCACCUGCGUCAGGCUGACGGCUUCUCCUUCACCAACGAAUACGAGAUCCUGCGAGCCGACCUCGCUGAACUGUUCAACGACGCUUCCAGCAAGUUCAGAAACGUGCAAUGCAAAUAUGGCGACAGCGUGACAUCCCUCACGCAGACGUCUUCUUCCGUCCAUGUGACCUUUGCCAGCGGCACAUCAGACACGUACGACCUCGUCGUCGCGGCCGACGGGAGCGCAUCACGGCUUCGCGACAUGAUUCUAGACCCAUCCGUCACCAAAGGCUGCUACAACUUCAUCGGCCAGUACAACGCCUUUUUCAGCAUUCCCUCGCGCCCCUCCGACGACAAAAUGUGGCAUUUCAUGAACCUCCCACAAGGCCGCGCACUUAUGCUCCGCCCGCAUCGCAACCCGGACACUAUGGGCGCCUACGUAUGCGUCACAACGCCUGGGCAUGGCCACAAAGACCAGCGGAUGGAAGACGCAAUUGCCACAGGACACGAAGCCGUGAGAGGGCUACUACAUGAGUAUUUUGCCGGCGCGGGAUGGCAGAGCGGCAGGAUUUUGGACGGCAUGGAUACGGCGUCAGACUUCUACAUCUCGCGGUCCGCGACUGUUAAACUACCCAAAUGGACCAAUAACCGUGCGUGUGUGGUGGGAGAUGCGGCAUGGGCGACAUUCGGUAUUGGCACCACGCUCGCCAUUGUCGGGGCGUAUCAUCUCGCGGGCGAACUGGGCAAGAUCAAAGCGAGCAGUGAGAUCCCCGGGGCACUGGAGAUGUACGAGCAGAGCUUGCGGCCAUUGUAUAAGGCUAUGGGCGAGUUGCCUCCAGGGUAUCCGCAGAUCCUGUUUCCGCAAACGAUGUUGGGGUUGCGGGUGAGGGACUCGGCGCUAUGGGCUGUGAGCAAGGGUCGAGGUUUGUUUAAGCUAUUUGGAGGUGAUAAGGACGAUAACAAGUUCAAGUUACCGGAGUAUGAUUGGGUUGAUGUCUGAUGAACCAUAUGUGUUCGACGUUUUAGGAGGAGGAUCUUCCCUGUGUGAACCUGAUAUUGAGCCCUCAUUCUUUUCUUUCGUUUCCAGAGGCUCUAAUACUGAUACAUGAUGUAUACAUAUAGAUUGUUUAGAAUUGGUAUUACUCAUCACACCCCCAAUUUUUGA